AUGGGGUUCAACUUGCUUAAGUCAGAGAUUAAAAACCACUACCCUAAGUAUCCGGUGAAAUUUAGGUCGAAAGCUGCUAAUGAGUCUUUGACUCUUUCAAAAGUGAUUGAACAAAAGGUUCCAGAGCUAUACGACGGUUCUUACUAUUAUGUGAAUCCAUUUUUAGCAUCUGGACAUUCCCAAACCGCCUACACAGCUUUAAGUAAGUUUGAAAAUGUCGACUUGGUCAACUAUAGGCGAAGAUUGAUAACUGUGGAAGUCGAAACAUACAAAGUGCCCAAUGGAGAGGAGCUAAACUAUGAUCACUGGAAAGGUGAAAGUACUUUCGCAAUUGAUUACGUUGUUCCCAAAUCGUAUAACGAUGAUACCCUGGAUCAUGAGGCCUUUAAACCGAAGUCUCAAAUCAACGAAUUGCCUCCAAGGACUUUCUAUUUGGAUCCUGCAAAAGAAGAUGGCUUACUUGCUGACGAGACUAAACCUCUUCUUAUUGCCUUGCACGGACUUUCUGGAGGAUCUUACGAGUCCUAUAUUAGAGCAUUUUUACAUAAAGUUACAGAGGACCCCUAUAACUUUGAUGCUUUAGUUUUGAAUGCUAGGGGUUGUGCUAAUCAUACUAUUACCACUCCUCAACUCUUCAAUGGAUUGUGGACAAAUGAUUUGAGAUAUUUGAUAAAUGAGCAUAUUAGAAAAAAGUGGCCCAAUAAAAGAAUCUAUCUAAUAGGGUUCUCUUUGGGUGGUGCCAUUACAGCCAACUAUCUUGCUCAAGAAUCAGAUGAUGUAUAUCAUAAUAUCAAAGGAGCAGUGGUGGUUGGAUCACCAUGGGAUUUUGUUGAUAGCUCGUUCUAUUUAAACGAAUCCUACCUCGGUAGGCUUGUUUAUUCUCCUACAAUGUGUCAAAACUUAUUGAAACUACUUGAAAAGUUUUACAGUACCAAUUUGGAAUUCCAUUCUGUUAUAGAAAAUUACAAGGAGAACCCUGAUAAGUACUCUUUGAAAUAUUUGAAGGACUUCGACAACACUUUCACUUCAAGGUUAGCUGGGUUUAACUCUGCUGAUGAAUAUUACAGACAUGCAUCUCCCAUACAGAGAUUACUGAAGGUCAGAGUUCCGACUGUUAUGCUCUCCUCCCUAGACGAUCCUGUAAUAGGGUCCAGAACCAUGCCAUACAGUGAAUGUGAGCUCAACCCUUAUCUCGCCUUGAUAACUACAUCUAUUGGUGGUCAUUUAGGUUAUUUCUCUUUUUCAGGUUCAAGGUGGUAUCCUGACCCCCUCUCAAAAUUACUCAAGGAGCUUGAUGAGAAUUGGAAGUUAGAUGAUGUUGAUCCUCAAAAUUUACCUUCUAAGUUAGAUAAAAUAUGGAAAUAUGAUAGACUUGUAUAG